AUGGAAGAAUUAAAAUCCAUGCAUCAUUAACUCUUAUAUGAAGGCAAAAUAUAUUAAAGUUUACAAGGAGGGAUUGGAAUUCCAACAAUGUAUUGGUGCGGACAAGAAGGUGAUUACAAUUUUCUUGUAAUGGAAUUAUUAGGAAAUAAUUUAGAAGAAUUAUUUGUUCAAUGCGGAAAUAAAUUUUCUUUAAAAACUGUUUUAAUGAUUGCAGAUUUAAUUCUUUCAGAUUUGGAAUAUUUUCAUUUUAAAUCUUAUAUACAUAGAGACAUUAAACCAGAAAAUUUUAUAUUAGGAUAAGGAAAAAGAGCUAACUAAAUUCUAAUAAUUGAUUUCGGAUUAUCAAAAAAAUAUAGAGACCCAAAAACAUUUGAACAUAUUUCUUUUAGAGAUGGAAAAACAUUAAUUGGUACCACAAGAUAUGCAAGUAUUAAUUGUCAUAAAGGAUAUGAAUAAUCAAGAAGAGAUGAUUUAGAAAGUUUAUGCUAUAUGCUAAUUUAUUUUUUGAAAGGAAAACUACCUUGGAUAUGGAAAAUUAUUAAAGGAUAUUCCUAUUGA